CUGCGCUGUGCUCUGUCCUUGUCCCUGCCUCCUGGCAGCGAGGAGCCACCCAGCAGCCGGGCUGUGAUUGGGCAGGGGAGUGGGGUUCUUGACACAGCGUGGUGCUGACUGCUCCGGGACGUGUUUCAACAGAUGGUCGAGGUUAGAGAGUGUCAUCACAUCGGAGAGAGGAUUAGAGGAGAGAGGUUGUCUUCCAGGAGCUGUGUGGUCCCCCCUUUACUCUUCAAACCAAAAUCCCAGCUCCAAGACACAAACCUCUCUAUGAGCGAGGGGAGAUCCGGCUGAGGAGCGUGAGGAUAAGACCAGGAGAGGAAUCCUAGCCCAGCCUCUCUCUCAGCCAGCACUCUGCUCUCCUGCCUUACAGUCCACCACGGCGGCGAGCGCUGCACGGGCGUGAGCGAGCGGGUGAGCGGCCUGGCUGGUCCUCUUCUCUCCCUCCCAGUAAUCCUCCCAUCUACCCAUCCUGCGGCCUGCUGCGUGCCGGGCAUCAUGCUGAUCCACUGGCUGCCCUGGCUGGUCCUCCUGUCUCUGGACGGGGCUCCAGGCAGCUGGGCCUUCACCACCACCAGGGCUCAGGGGCUCAGGGGUCGCAUCCAGAGAGACCGCAGAAAUAUCCGGCCCAACAUCAUCCUCAUCAUGACAGACGACCAGGAUGUUGAGUUGGGUUCUCUGCAGGUGAUGAAUAAAACCCGCAGGCUCAUGGAGGACGGCGGCACCACCUUCACCAACGCCUUCGUCACCACGCCCAUGUGCUGCCCGUCGCGGUCGUCGAUGCUGACGGGCAAAUACGUCCACAACCACAACACCUACACCAACAACGAGAACUGCUCCUCGCCGUCUUGGCAGGCCCAGCACGAGCCGCGCUCCUUCGCCGUCUACCUCAACAACACGGGCUACAGGACAGCGUUUUUCGGCAAGUACCUCAACGAGUAUAAUGGCAGCUACAUCCCUCCUGGGUGGCGCGAAUGGGUUGGAUUGAUCAAAAAUUCCCGCUUCUAUAAUUAUACUGUCUGCCGGAAUGGUUACAAGGAGAAACAUGGUGCUGAUUAUGCAAAGGACUAUUUCACGGAUCUGAUUACCAACGACAGCAUCAACUUUUUCCGCACGUCUAAGAAGAUGUACCCUCACCGCCCGGUGAUGAUGGUGAUCAGCCACGCCGCUCCGCACGGCCCUGAAGAUUCAGCGCCGCAGUACGCUGAGCUCUUCCCGAAUGCCUCACAGCACAUCACCCCCAGCUACAAUUACGCCCCAAACAUGGACAAACAUUGGAUCAUGCAGUACACCGGCCCAAUGAGACCGAUCCACAUGGAGUUCACCAACUUCCUGCAUCGGAAAAGGCUGCAGACUCUCCUGUCUGUGGACGACUCGGUACAAAAGGUUUUUGACAUGUUGGAGGAAACUGGAGAGCUGGACAACACUUACAUCAUCUACACAGCAGACCACGGCUACCACAUCGGUCAGUUCGGCCUGGUCAAGGGCAAGUCCAUGCCUUACGACUUCGAUAUCCGGGUGCCAUUCUUCCUGAGAGGGCCCAACGUGGAGCCAGGCGCAGUAAAUCCUCAUCUGGUGCUGAAUAUUGACCUCGCUCCCACGAUUCUCCACAUUGCGGGACUGGACACUCCACCAGACAUGGAUGGAAAGUCCAUUCUUAAGCUGCUGGAACAGGAUCGGACUGGCAAUAGGUUCAAACCCAACCGGAAACCCAAAGUCUGGAGAGACACAUUCCUGGUGGAGCGAGGAAAGAUCCUGAGAAAGAAGGAUGACUCAACCAGCACUCAACACACCAACAGCCUCCCCAAGUACAAGAAGGUCCGAGAGACGUGCCAGCAGGCUGAAUUCCAGACGGCAUGCGAACAGCCUGGACAGAAAUGGCAUUGCAUAGAGGAGAUCACAGGGAAGUGGAGGAUACAGAAGUGCAAAGGUGGCUCAAAGGAAGGCUCCAGGAAGAGGGCCCGCAGCCUGAAGCCCCGCAGCAGCUACGAUGCCCGGGACCGGGGCUGCGACUGCGCGGACCCCCUCUACAAGCCCUCCCGCAGCGAUCGCCGCGCCCACCGGCAGUUCUCCUCCUCGUCGGGCCAGCGUUUCCGGCCACGCUUCGUUCACACCCGCCCGGCCCGCUCUCUGUCCGUGGAGUUCGAAGGACAGAUCUACGACAUCGACCUUCAGGCGGACGAUCAGUCGGCCAUCCGCCGCCGCGUCAUCUCAAAGCGCCACUACGACACGGAGGACCCCGACUUUGACCUGGCGUCCGACGACGGCUCCGAGGAAAUGCUGGCAGACGACACGAACGCAGUGGGAUACCCCAACUCUGUGAAGGUCACCCACAAGUGUUACAUCUUGAUGAAUGACAGUGUCCACUGUGAAAGAGAGAUCUACCAAUCGUCCAGAGCUUGGAAAGAUCAUAAGAGCUACGUCGACCAGGAGAUCGAAGCGCUUCAAGACAAAAUCAAAAACCUUCGAGAAGUCAGAGGCCACCUGAAGAGGACACGACCGGACAACUGUGACUGUGGGAAACGGAGCUAUUUUAGCAAAGGACACAGAAACAAGGGAGAGAGAUUGAAGAACAGGAAUGAUCAACUCCAUCCAUUUAAAGAGGCCGUGCAGGAAAUAGACGGGAAGACGCAGCUGUACAACGAGAUCCGCAGGAGGAAGAAGGAGCGGAAGGAGAAGAAGCGGCAGAGGAAGGGCGACGACUGCAGCCUGCCGGGCCUCACCUGCUUCACGCACAACAACGACCACUGGCAGACGGCGCCCUUCUGGACACUGGGCGGGUUCUGCGCCUGCACCAGCUCCAACAACAACACCUACUGGUGCCUGAGAACCAUCAACGAGACCCACAACACCCUCUUCUGCGAGUUCUCCACCGGCUUCCUGGAGUACUUUGACCUCAACAGCGACCCUUACCAGCUGACCAACGCAGUGUAUGCAGUGGAUCGGGAGGUGCUGAACACCCUGCAUGCCCAGCUCAUGGAGAUGAGGAGCUGUCAAGGGUACAGGCAGUGCAACCCUCGACCCAAAGGCCUGGACACAGGAGGUAAAGAUGGAGGAAGCUAUGAGCCACACAGGCGACAGCAGCACCGAAAGUGGUCAAAGAGGAGACCGAGCCUCUCCUUCCUCACACAGCCAGUAUGGGACGGACGACAGGGUUAAACUACCCAACUUGACAGACGAGGAGGUGAACUGGCAGGAACUGGAGGAUUUGUAUAGCAUAAACGAAAGCCUGUAUGAAUGUAGGCCUGACUACAGCCCCGGUCCAGACAACUGGGCCAACUUCCAGAAGGAUGUAGAUAAU